UUGUUAGUGGUUUAUGGUUGAUUUUAAUUUGAUGGAAAAUAGUGGAACGAAUAGGAUAUAUUUUAAAGAUUUCUUUAUUGUUAUGUUUAUUUCCCCUAAGCAUUUACUUCCAAAUGUGAUACAUAUUUCUUUUCCAAGCUAGCCACAUAAUAAAUAUAGAUAUGUCGGCGGAAUCUGAUAUGGAAUAUUCAGACAACGAUGGCGACGACUACGAUUACUACGGAGGACAAGACGAUUGUGACAUGGAAACAGUGGAUCGUAGCAAAGCGGACCCGGAAUAUUUUGUGUUCUCUUGCUUAAAAGUAGAAGAAGUAGAAAAGUUGCUAAAUGAGUCUAUUGAAUUACUUAGCAAUAGCCUUCAUAUAACACCUUCACUUGCUAAGGUCAUGUUGCAUGCAUAUGAAUGGAAUGCUCAAGACAUUAUUAAUAAAUAUAAAGAGAAUGCAAAUGAAGUAUUGAUGUACAGUCAUGUGAAGCCAAAAGUUCCUUCAGCUCAGGUCUACUCAAGUAUUAAAAUGUGUGCCAUAUGUGCUACUUCACCACCUAUACAUAAGUACAGUGCAUUGGCUUGCGGACAUUACUUUUGUAAUGAAUGUUGGACAAUGCACUUUGAAGUACAAAUAAUGCAAGGUGUCUCCAAUACUAUACAAUGUAUGGCACAAGAUUGUGAAGUGUUGGCUCCCGAGGACUUUGUUCUAUCUCAUGUAACAACCCCUGCCCUGCGAGAGCGUUAUCAGCAAUUCAUGUUUAAAGACCAUGUAAAGUCACAUCCAGAACUGAGAUUUUGCCCUGGGCCAAAUUGUCAGUGGAUUUAUCAUGCUGUUGCCCGAGAGGGUGCUCGGCGUGUUGAGUGCUUAGGCUGUGAGUUGCUAACGUGCUUCACGUGUGGUGCUCCACAUCACGCACCCACUGACUGUGCAACCAUACGUAAAUGGCUGACCAAAUGUGCUGAUGACUCUGAGACUGCUAAUUAUAUAAGUGCUCAUACAAAGGACUGUCCUAAAUGUCAAAUUUGUAUAGAGAAGAAUGGAGGAUGCAAUCAUAUGCAGUGUGGAGCGUGCAGAUAUGAUUUCUGUUGGGUUUGUUUAGGAGAUUGGAAGUCUCACGGCUCUGAAUACUAUGAAUGUAGUCGUUAUAAGGAAGAUCCUAAUUUAGUUAAUGAUAACCAACAUGCUCAGGCUAGAGAAGCUCUUAAGAAAUAUCUUCAUUAUUAUGAAAGAUGGGAGAAUCAUGCUAGAUCAUUAAAAUUAGAAGAACAAACAUUAGCUAGUUUAAAAACUCGUAUCAAUCAAAAGGUAAUGGCGGGCGAAGGUACGUGGAUAGACUGGCAAUACCUGUGGGACUCUGCGCGCUUGCUGAAGCGCUGUCGUUACACGCUGCAGUACACAUACCCUUACGCUUAUUAUAUGGAAGUUGGACCAAGGAAAGAGUUAUUUGAAUACCAACAGGCUCAGUUGGAGGCUGAAAUAGAGAAUCUGUCAUGGAAGGUCGAGAGAGCGGAAACGACUGACCGCGGAGACUUAGAAAAUCAAAUGGACAUCGCUGAAAAACGGCGGACGACAUUGCUCAAGGACUUCUUAGAAUUUAAUACCAUUAAUGCCUCCAGUAGUAAAGUUUAAGAAGCAUAACAAAGGCAUUUUAAUUUAAUUUAUAUGUAAAGAGUAUUUCAAUGUGGACCUUUGUAUGAUAAAAGCUAAGAUUUUUUUUGCCAAAGUAUAUUUAUUAACAUGGAUUUGCAAUAAAAUAGAUGAUGCUGUGUA